CCAGGCAGGGCCAGUGCCCCGUCAGGCUGCACUUGGACCGACCCGGCACCAGAGCAGCUCCCCAGCGACAAUCAGGGAAGCGAGACGAUGGGCCCAGUCGCCUUCUUCAGCCUCUGCCUCCUCGGCUGCCUGAUCUUUAACCCCUCGCUGGAAGCCUCGCCCCGAAGGGAGCGCGCUCUCCAGCCUGGAUCGGGGAGAAAGGCCGCAGCCUGUUCCCGUGGCUGGUUCCACUACAGAGACCACUGCUACAAGUUCUUCUCUGAGAAGCUGACCUGGUCAGAUGCUGAGAUAGAGUGUCAGCACGAGCAGACUGGGGCCCAUCUGGCCUCCAUCCUCAAUGACGCAGAAACCAACAUAGUCGCCCAAUACCUCAGCACGGCGACCUCCACGGAUCGCGUCUGGAUCGGACUCCACGACCCCAACAAGGACAAGACCUGGCUGUGGACAGAUGGCUCCCGCUUUCGCUACCGUACUUGGAUGGCUGGCGAACCAAACAAUGACAGAAGCAGGGAGUACUGUGUCGAGAUGUACGCAUCCACCGGUUAUAAGAAAUGGAACGAUGUUACCUGUGAAAGGGAAGCCCCCUACCUUUGCAAGUAUCAACCCAAGCCAGAGGAGCCGCUCGCCCCCGCCCAAGAGGGAACUCAGCACCCAGGCUGCAAAUAACCGGGCACCUGGGACAUGAUCAGGCAACGUCCCAGAUUUUC